GUAACACUGUGAGGAAGAGAGGGGGUCCCAAGCAGAAUUUAUUGUUUCCACUUCUCAGCAUCCAUUUUGUUUUCUUUAAAAUUUAGAUGCUAUUCUGAAAUCUCAUGGCAUGCUUAGACAUGUACAAUUCAGAGCACAAGCAGGGUCAUCAUCAUCCCAUGAGUCCCAGGAUCUCAUUCUCAAAUGAUUUUGUGGAUGUCCAACAAGCCCUGAAGCAAGAAAGGAACUCCAGAUCAGACACUUCUCUGCCAGUAGUGUCCUCUGACUUUGAAUUUUCAACCACAAACUAUUCCAUGAUGAGUGCUGAUGAGCUUUUCUCUAAGGGAAGGUUGUUGCCUUACAAGGAUAGUUGCAACAACCACAACCAGAUGCAGAGAGCCACCACCACUCUCAAGGAAGAGCUCCUGAAUAAUGAUGAUGAGUAUAAUUUUUCACGGAGGCCACCCAAGGGAAGGUGGAAGGGGCUUCUUGGUCUAAAGAAGUACCACAUUGGCUCCAAGAAGGUUGAGAAGAGUGAAGGUUCUUCAGACAGAGGAGCUGAAACAAGAAGGCUUGCAUCUCCACAUAAUAUAACUUCUCAGGAGAUGUUAAAUGAAGGAAGCUCAAUAUGCAGAGAUUUGGAGCUUGGCCUAUAAGUUGUGGAUGAAGGAAGUGUUGAAUUUGUAGAGGAAUGGACCAUUUUUUUUCCUUUGUUUUUUUGGUUUACCUUGCCUUGCUGACAAGGUGGAAAAAAAGAAAGGUCAUUUUCUUUGCCUUUUUUCCUCUCCUCUUUAUUGGAUUGGUAUAAGUUAAGUAAGUGAAUUUGUGUUA